CCCCCAGCCUUAUCUGGGCACUGCCAUGGGCUCCCCUCCCUGCACAGCCGUGGGGAUUUCGGGGGUCCCUCCCUGCACUGUGCCCACCUGUCCCCAGCUGGGUUCUCUCUUGGCAGGAGCAGAGGGGGCGUGUGGCACCCUGGUGGGCACAGGGAGGUGGGACAUGUCCCCAUGGGGGAUGUCUGUGUGCUGAGGGUUACUCUGAUUUAUCUGGGGGCUGUGGAGGUUUAGGCGGCUGCUGUGGGAUUCACCAGCACCACCACCCCCCUUCCCGAUUUCUCUGUCACAACAACGGGGAAACUGAGGCACAGUGAAAAUCGGGGGUGGAGGGUUGCCCCCCAGAACAGUCAGCCCCUGCCCACCCCGGUGAAGGGGGUCCCUCGCCCCCGCAGACCUCGCGGGGGAGGGAUGGUGACGCUCAGCCCCCCAAAACGGGGAUCGAGCCAGGGCAAGGCAGGGGGUGGCGAUUUGAGCCUGGGGUGGGCAAAAGACCCCCCCAAAAUCCCGGUGGCUGCCCCCUCCCCUUGGCUUUACCCAGGGGGUCCCUCACCAGUGGCACGUCACGCGGGGAGCGACAGGGUGGGGACCCCCCCGGGGGACUCCGGCCCUCCCCUCUUUACCCUGCCCCCCCCCCCCCAUCCCCCGGAGAGAGAUUUGGGGGGCCGGGGGCGGGGAGAGCAUCCCUUUGGGGGGGCGGCGCACGGCCCGUGGCGUGGGCACCGGCGGAGCAAAGCGUGCGCGGAGCGGGGGCCGCGGCGUGGGGGGGUCCCCACGGGGGAAGGGGCAUCGCCCGCGGCCGGGGAGCCUGGGCCGCUGGAUGGAAGCGAGCUGGGUGCCGGCUGCCAUGGCUCUGGGGCUCUCCAACAAGAAAGCUUCCUCCAGGAAUAUCGCCGUGGAGAGGAAAAACCUCAUCACCGUCUGCAGGUUCUCGGUGAAGACCCUUCUGGAGAAGUACACGGCGGAUCCCAUCGACGACUCCUCCGAGGAGUUCGUCAACUUCGCUGCCAUCCUCGAGCAGAUCCUCAGCCACCGCUUCAAAGGUAAUGGUGGCCCCAGGACUGUCCCUGUCCCCAGCCCUGUGUCCCGUGGUGGAUGGGGAUGCCCAUGCUGGCUCCGGGAAGUGGGUCCAGCUCUGGUGGAGGGGCUUGGCUGUCACAGCACCCCUGAGCGCAGCCUGUGGGUGCCUGCAGGUCCUGUCAGCUGGUUCAGCUCUGAUGGACAGCGUGGAUUUUGGGAUUACAUCCGCCUGGCCUGCAGCAAGGUCCCCAACAACUGUGUCAGCAGCAUCGAGAACAUGGAGAACAUCAGCACCUCCAGGGCCAAGGGCCGGGCCUGGAUCCGUGUGGCACUGAUGGAGAAGCGAAUGUCCGAGUACAUCUCCACGGCCCUGAGGGACACUCGGACCACCAGGAGGUUUUAUGAUGACGGGGCCAUCAUGCUGCGGGAGGAGUCCACAGUGCUCACGGGGAUGCUCAUCGGGCUCAGUGCCAUCGACUUCAGCUUCUGCCUGAAGGGAGAGGUGAUGGACGGUAAAACUCCCGUGGUCAUUGACUACACACCCUACCUGAAGUUCACACAGAGCUAUGACUACCUGAGUGAGGAGGAGGAGCGGGGCAGUGUGGAGAGCAGCACAAGCGAGGACAGCUCACCUGAACACCCCUACCUGCCCCUGGUGACUGACGAGGACAGCUGGUACAACAAGUGGCGCAAGAUGGAGCAGAAAUUCCGCAUUGUUUAUGCCCAAAAGGGGUACCUGGAGGAGCUGGUGCGGCUGCGGGAGUCGCAGCUGAAGGACCUGGAGGCGGAGAACAAGCGGCUGAAGCUGCGGCUGGAGGAGGUGAUGGUGCAGAACCAGCUGGAGAAGAGGGAGCUGGAGGGCGUCAUCCUGGAGCUGCAGGAGCAGCUGACGGGGCUGAUCCCCUGCGAGAACCCACAGCUGGCCCAGCUCUCCAAGGAGAUGGUGACACCCCUGGUCAACCAGUGGCCGUCCCUGGGGACCCUCAAUGGCAACGAGAGCGGCUCGGACAGCAAACUCUACAGAAGGCACAGCUUCGUGAGCACCGACCAGCUCUCGGCCGAGAACAGCCUCAGCUCCGACUCCCAGCGCCUGGGCGAGGGCAAGCGCGAAGGGGAGCCCUGGGGGCCCUUGGGGAAGGACCCCACGCCCUCCAUGCUGGGGCUCUGCGGCUCCCUGGCCUCCCUGCCCAGCUGCAAGUCCCUGGCCAGCCUCAAGUCCAACGAGUGCCUGGUGAGCGACAGCACGGAAGCCAGCCCGACCCGCAGCCCCAGCUGAGACCCCCGGCCCCCGCGCCGCCCCCCGGCCCGGCUGCCCGGCCGGCACAGGACUGAGCUCGGCCCCCCUCGCCACCCCGGGACAACGAGGAAUUCGCCGAUCCCACCGGGGGAGGCUGGGGACCGGCAUCCCCCUCCCCAUCUCCAGACCCCACCCCGGCCAUACCUCGGCCCCCCCCAGCCUGGACCCCGGCUGGACACACGGACCUGUGGGGAUGGGGGAUGCAGGACUGGGGGCCAGGCGAGCUGGGGAUGGGGGAAUGAAGGAACGAACUGUGCCACGGUGGGGGGGACACUGGCAGUGACAGCUGCUGGGGAGCAAGGGGAGGCCGGGGCCAGGGGUGAAGGUCCGGCAUGACCCCACUCUCCGUCCUGCUCAGCCCUUGGUGCCCACCCGGGCUGGCCUCCCCCAGCUCCCCUGCACUUGGGGGGGCUCUCUGUCCCCCUUGCAGCUCCCCCACAACAGGGAGGACUCUUCUUCCCCCUUCCUCCCCCUGGAGCUUUGGGUUGUUUUGGGUGAUUUUCGUUUUUAUUUCAGCCCCAUCUGCCUUGUUGGAGCAAAAGGAAUCAAUAAAUGCAGCAAGAAGAGCGGGCCUGUCACCCA